GGACCCAGAGCCUCCACACAUUAAAGAGGAACAGGAGUUCACAUUCUCUCCUGUUCAUGUGAAGAGUGAAGAUGAUGAAGAGAAACCUCAGUCCUCACAGUUUCAUCAAAGACACACCGAACAGGUGGAAACAGAAACUGAUGGAGAGGACUGUGGAGGACCAGAACCAGCCAGGAACUCAGAUCCAGAUACACAUUUACAACCUGAGACUGAUGACAGUGAUGAUUGGACAGAGACCAGAGAACCUCAGUCAGGUUUAAACUCUCUGAAAAAUGAUGAAGUCUCUGUCAGUGAUUUGACAUGUAGUAUGGAUGAGAGACCAUUUAGCUGCUCUGAGUGUGGGAAAAGAUUUGGCCGAAAGGCAGAUGUUAAGAGACACAUGAGGACACAUACAGGAGAAAAACCAUUUAGCUGCUCUGAGUGUGGGAAAAGAUUUGGCCACUUGACAGAUGUUAAGAGACACAUGACAAUACAUACAGGAGAAAAACCAUUUAGCUGCUCUGAGUGUGGGAAAGGAUUUAGUCAAAAAGUACUGCUGACAUCACAUAUGAUCAAUCAUACAGGGGAAAAACCAUUCAGCUGCUCUGAGUGUGGGAAAAGAUUUUCCCACUCAAGAUCUCAGAUGGCACACAUGAGCACUCACACAGGAGAAAAACCAUUUAGCUGCUCUGAGUGUGGGAAAGGAUUUGGUCAAAAAGCACUGCUGACAGCACAUAUGAGCAAUCAUACAGGAGAAAAAGUAUUCAGCUGCUCCGAGUGUGGGAAAAGAUUUUCUCACUUAAGUACCCGAAACGCACACAUGAGCACUCACACAGGAGAAAAACCAUUUAGCUGCUCUGAAUGUGGGAAGAGAUUUUGUAGAAGUGGAGUUCUGAAGACACACAUGACAACUCACACAGGAGAAAAACCAUAUGGCUGCUCUGAGUGUGGGAAGAGAUUUCGUUUAAGUGGAGAUGUGACAAUACACAUGAGAUCUCAUACAGGAGAAAAACCAUUCAGCUGCUCUGAGUGUGGGAAGAGAUUUUGUACUCGCGGAGCUGUAAAGACACACAGAAGAACUCACUCAGGAGAAAAACCAUUUAGCUGCUCUGAGUGUGGGAAGAGAUUUUCUCAAAGUGGAGCUGUAAAGAUACACAUGAGAUCUCACACAGGAGAAAACCCAUUCAGCUGCUCUGACUGUGGGAAGAGCUUUUAUACUCGUGGAGCGCUAAAGACACAUAGUAGAACUCAUACAGGAGAAAAACCAUUUACCUGCUCUGAAUGCGGGAAAAGAUGUUCUCAUUCAAGUACUCUGAAGUUACACAUGCGAACUCAUACAGGAGAGAAACCUCUCCGUUGCCAUAUUUGUGACCAGAGAUUCACUUGGCCUCAUCAACUCAGAAACCAUCCGUGUGUUGGUUGUCAGUCCUCACAGACUGAUCGGAGUCAAACUGAGGAGAACAGAGAGGCAGAGCCUCCAGCCAGCAGCUCAGCUGAACAGAUGAAAACAGAAGCUGAUGGAGAGGACUGUGGAGGACCAAAACCAGCCAGGAACUCUGAUCCAGAUACACAUUUACAACCUGAGAUCGGUGACAAGACUGGAGAGUCUUCUGAGUCUUUUUGGGACCAUCCUCUGUAAAUCCUAGAGAUGGUUGUGCUGAAAAUACCAGUAAAUACUCAGAGCAGCCCGACUGGCACCAACAACCAUGCCACGUUCAAAGUCACUUCAAUCACCUUUCUUCAUUAUUCUGAUGCUCAGUUUGAACUUCAGCAGCUCAUCUUCACCAUGUCUACCUAAUAAAAUGGCCAGUGAGUGUUUAACUAUUGAUCAUCAUACAGCAGUAAUGUGAAAGUUAAAAAGGAACCAGAUACCUCUCUUUUCCAAUUCCAUCUAAAGAUUAAGAAGUUAAAGGGAAAUUUUGGUUUAUUUCAACCUGUCUCCUGUCGUCCUAAAUUUGUUUCAAGUG